AUGGCUAUCCGAACCAACUACGACAUCGAGAAUGGUCUACUAGAACGACGAUCCAACUACACCCUCAUCGUGCGCACGCUGGCAUAUGUGAACCGAAUCUUGUUGGCACUCAAGGCGGAGGACGUGAACCUCGAACCCGGACUUUCGCCGAACGAAAUCUACGAUGCCAAGCAAGAACUGUUGCAGAAGGGUAAGGAUUUGCCAGCCAAACACAAACUGUCUGCCCUUCACCCCUUCCUGGAUAGCCAAGGAACGAUGCGAGUGGGAGGACGAUUGCAGAAUUCGUCUUACUCAUACGACGUUAAGCACCCAAUUAUACUCCCGGGGAAUAACAAGGUAACCGAAUUGCUGUUGCGAGAUCUUCAUCUGCGAAACCUCCAUGCAGGUCCCACACUGCUCACAGCUACAGUCAACCAACAAUACUGGGUGCUCGGACUUCAGACGGCUGUCCGCUUAACAGUUCAAGGAUGCACGCGUUGCGUUCGACUCAAUGGUAAGACGGCGUCGCAGCUCAUGGGCAGCUUACCGGUGUCUCGGGUGAUGGGCACUCGAGCAUUCACCCAUGUCGGCGUGGAUUACGCCGGCCCUCUGAAGGUUCAUGCGUCAUGCGUUCGAGGUGUAAAGAUGACCAAGGGCUAUAUCGUAGUAUUCGUAUGUAUGGCGACCAAGGCGGUGCACUUGGAGGUCGCCAGUGACCUCUCGACCAACAUGUUCAUUUGUGCUCUGAAGCGAUUUAUUUCACGGAGGUCUCAUCCUAACGAGAUUUGGUCGGAUUGUGGCACAAACUUCGUUGGGACCGACCGUUGGCUGAAGGAGAUUCAAACUGCGCGACAGAUCCACAACGAUGCUGCUUGUCGAUUUCUCACCAACUAUGGAAUUAAGUGGGUGUUCAAUCCACCUUCAGCGCCACACCGUGGUGGUAUCUGGGAGGCGGCAGUCAAGAGCGCCAAGAAGCACCUGAUGGCAGUCUUGGGCUCCGAAGCAGCAACGUUUGAAGAACACUCAACGGUAUUGGCGCAGGUGGAAGCGUGCCUGAACUCCCGGCCGCUAUGUCCACUUUCAUCAAAUCCUGACAGCUACGAAGCACUGACCCCAGGACAUUUCCUGGUCGGUCAGUCGAUGAAUCUCAUCCCAGAGCCUGAUGUCCGUCACAUCCCAUAA